CGUUACAUCUCAAGGAUGCAUUCCCUGGACCAAAGCCGCUUGCUGGAUGAGGCACUCACGAGCGCCAAGCAAUGCUCGUUUCAAAUGGAGCGAUCGUUGGAUAAACAUAAUAUUGUGGAUGGCAUUCAACACGCGGCGGAUAUGCUGAAAGAAAUGCGCACAUCUUUCCUUUCUCCCAAAUCCUACUACGAACUGUAUAUAAUAAUCACUGAGAAGCUUCGAAUUUUAGAGACUUAUUUGAUUGAAGAGCAUAAAAGUGGGAGGAAGGUGAACAACUUGUACGAAACGGUGCAGUAUGUUUCCAGCAUUGUCCCUCGUCUGUACCUCAUGAUCACUGUCGGUGUUUACUUGAUCAAGUGUUCGGAGUUUCCUCGCAGAGAGAUCAUGCGUGACUUGGUCGAAAUGUGUCGCGGCGUGCAGCAUCCGAUUCGUGGAUUGUUUCUUCGGAGCUACCUCCUACAUGCUCUGCGAGCUGAUCUUCUUCCAGAUUGUGAGGUUUUGAUCGUAAAACAUUCAGAUUCUCAUUGUUUUCCGUUCCCCGGCACUAUCACGGACAGUGUGACUUUUCUGUUACUAAACUUCGCCGAAAUGAACAAACUGUGGGUACGCAUGCAACAUCAGGGACAUACUCGUGAACGGGAACAACGAGAGCAAGAACGACGGGAACUGAGACUUCUUGUCGGUACAAACCUAAACAGAUUGUCCCAACUGGAAGCUAUUGAUGUGAAUCGUUAUAAAACGCAAGUACUUCCUCCCAUAUUGGAACAACUCAUCGAAUGUCGUGACGUGAUUGCGCAAGAGUAUUUGAUGGACGUAAUCAUUCAGGUAAGUCCCAUACUCCUUCACGCGGACCCAGCAAGUUUUGUGACAUCUGUCCUUAUGAUUCCGAUCAUGCAGAUCUUCAUCGGUUUGGGAAUGGUAACAGGAAGUUUGGUGAAUCAGGUAUCCCCAGUUUCUCCCCUAUCCCGUGAACUACUCCGUUUACUUCAUCUUCCACUCGGUGGAUCCACACCACAUGUGGGCACCAACAUGACUCACAUUGGUGUUGGAAGCGUACCCAACGCACCUUUGGGCGCUUUGGGUGAACUUCGUAUCGUGCUUGGCAUGCCCGGAUUUCGGCCACCGAAUGCCACUUUAUCUUCUCGUUUGACAACCGAAACCGAUUUGGACGGACUUUUCGACUUGAUUGACGGUCUGCUUGUCGCAGACGCGUCUUCUGCGGAGGAUCCCGAGGAGUUUGUAGAGGCACAAAGCCUGGUUGCCGGUGUCUUGCAUUUAAUCGGCCCGGAACCACGCACUGAAAAUCCGGCUCUGUGUCUUACUCUCCUGAACAAGGCUCAUUUGCGGUUAGCUCAAGCGGGGCCAGCCAUUAUCCGGUUUAAUUUUCCAUCUCUGGUAUUCGAAGUACGUCUUGUUCCAUUGUUUUAUCUGACAUCCUGCAUGACCAACACCACCACUCGUUCCGUGUGUGAUCGACUCUGUUGUAAAUUCCCAUUUUGUUUCUCUGGGCCCUUAGUUCGUCAGUUCAACAAUGAUAUACACGCUUCAGUUAGAAUAAGGCGUAAAUUAGAUAGUCCUGUUUGA